UCUUUUAUAUUUUUUCAGUGGGUCAGGAAUACAUAAAACACGACAUAGAAAAAAAACAAAGUUAAUAAUGAAUGUGUCCAUUAUGCUUUCAUUUAUGAGAAUAUUUCUCAGAAAAAUUAGAAAGAAUUAAAGGAAAUUUAUUAUUAAAAUAAUGAAUACGAGAAUAUUUUGCUUUUGAAAUAAUCUCGGGUUUAAUGAAUUUCUUUUAGACUGAAUUAUUCAAAAGAAGGAAAAAAUAUAAGUUUUUUAAAUUGUAAAAUAAAAAUUUAUUAUUUUUAUUGAAAAGCUUUUGUCUCUGUUAAUUUUCUUAAUUUCUGUAUUUUUAUUAGAUACAAAAAUUCAGAAUGAAUGCUUGAAUAAAUAUUCUAUCCAGGGGACAGUGAGGCAUCCAUUUAUCGCUCUACUAAACUUUAUUACAAUUUUGUAAAUUCAUUUAAACAUAAAGCAUAAACUGAUUCAAUAAACUUUUAAUGAGACAAAAUGCACAAAAGCGACAAAAACUUUUCCUAAUUCACAAUUUAAUUCACUAAAUUAAUGCUUAAAAUAAAAUCUACUAUUUUAUAUAACAAAAGACUGACAAAAAUCUUUGCCAAUUUUCAGCACCCACCUAAAAUGUCAUCUUAUAAAUUAUUUUUUUUAUCAGAGCAAAUUUUUUAUAUAACUGAUAAAAGAAUUUGCAUCUCCAUUCUGUGCUCAUGUAAGAAAAAAACAACUAAAAAGAUAAGAAAAUUAGGUAAAUUUUUUCGUGGCUUUUUUGCACAAAAUUUGCAAUUCGAUGACACAAAAUUGUUAUAAAAAGAAACCAUUUCAAAGAUAGUUGCUGUACAAAUUUUGGAACAUUUUCAUUUCUUGCUCAACUUAAUAGCAUUCACCUGCAGAAGUUUUUUCCUGCGAGGAUUUGUGGUGCAUAAAUUCAGCAAAAGCACAGAACCUGCAUAAUGUAGAAUUUUUCACCACAUUCACCACAUUUAAACGAAAAUUCGGCCUUUUGAUUUAUUAAAAAUACAAAUUUUAAAGUGCUUCUCUCGGAGCACUUUUAAUACAAGUCACGGUUGGAUUAUUUCCGUAUUUUCUCGUGGUAUAUAGCUAAUAUAAAUCACUUUUGUACUUUCAGGCUAUUAACUUCCUUCUUUUCCUCCUUUUUGGAUGCAAAUUGACUUUUCAAGCGCCUCUUUGGUUGAAUUUCUGCAACAAAUUGCAUUUCUAACGAAUAAAUUUCAGUUAAAUUGUCCCCGUAAAUUUUAAACAUUCACCCAACGUCUAAUUUCUGGCGUAUUCAUUUUAUUGGGGAAACAUCCCGAAAAAGGUCUCCAUUUGCUUCACGUUGAAGCUACGAUAAAAGUUCUUUUUGCAAUAAAUAAAUUAUUAGACAGAUAUUAAAAGAAAAAAAAUCCAUGAUAUCUCAGAGUUGAUAACUCAGGAAUUAUUUAUGAAUGUAAUAAAAAAGAACUCUCGAUAAAAUUCAUUACCCAUACCGUCCCGAAUGAAAUAUGAGGAUCGCAUACGAUGAAAUUGAGAAGCUAUUCAAAGCUCCAUUUUAUAAAUUAAUUCUCUUUAAAUUCUUUGUCGCUGAUUUUCUUACAUUUAAAUUGCAAAUUUUCCUUUUUUCCGCAUGUUGGCUCCUUACAUUUCGCCCAAAGACUUUUUUUUUUGAACAUUUCGGAGUUAUUUUGUUAAAAAGAAAAGUUGGUUUGGGAGUGAAUUUGCGGUUGAAGAUCAAGAUUGUAAAGUUGUGCUUGUAAAUCUUCAAAAAUAAAUCAAUUCAUUGUGUGCGAGGGAAUUUGAAAUGCCCAGAAGAAAAUUUUAGCGUGUAAAUACAAGAAAAUUCACCCGAAUGGCACUUUUAGCGGCAUUUCCAAUUUUCGUGUGCUUCAUUUUUAUUGCCUCAAGUAUUUGUCUAGCAUCGUGAAAAGUAGUUCGGGGUAUAGAUUCAAGAUUAAGUGUGAACUUGUGAAGAGGAAGUGAAUAGUUUGGACUUGAUUUGAUUUUUUUAAUUUUUUUGUCAAAAAGGAACGAUUUUCUAGUAUUAAAACUAGAGGCGAAUCUGUUAAGUCUUUUCUUUUCAUUCAGCUUAAAAGUUUUAAGAGAUUUUGACAGUUGGUAAUUUUAAAUCGUUUUACUGUCGUACAGUGAAAGAUCAUGAAUCAGUUUUCCAUGAAUUUUCAAAAGUAUUUUUUCAAAAUUUCUGGAACCAACUGUCAAAAUCUUACGAAAUUAAUUUUAGAAUACCUCUCACGACUGUCAAAUUAUAAGAAAAAUAAUAAAAGAUUGUUGACAGAAUCAAUCCUAUAAAAAAGGAUAAAUUUUCAAUGCUCUGAAUAUUUUUGAAUUGAUGAGAAUAUUUGAGGAGUUUUGGAAAUUUUUUAAGCAAAUUCUGAAUUUUUAAUAAUAAUCACGAAUAUUUUUAAAAAUAAAGAAUAAUAGCAUGGAUUAGAAUUAAGAUUUAAAGUUACAAAAUUGACUCUUAGACGAUGUUAUCUUGAAAUUUUCGUUUUUGAAACUUAAAAAAAAAAAAAUAGAAUCAAGAGCUUAUAAGAUCUUGAUUCUAGAAUACAGGUAAUAUUUUUGAAAAAAAUAAUAUAAAUUGAAUAUUCGUAAAUAUUUUUAAAUAGUGAGACAAAAAUCUCUUUUCCUCAUUUUGUUUUUCCUGAAAUUUUUCAACAAGCAAAAGAACCAAAAAAAUAUUCGAUUCCUACGCAUUUUUAAUCCUAAAUCCUUCAUCUAUUAAAUUGCUUCUCUUCAACUCUGUUUUUGAAUAAAAUUAGCCACAGUAACAAUUACAAAACAAAGUACGAGAAAGAAUUUCUCCACCAACAUUUUUUUUUUCAAUUCUCACGUUUUCUUUCACAAAGAAAUUCCGUGCUAAAUGUGUACUUCCUUUUUCAAUCCUUGUUCAUUCUCAACUCUUCCUUUUUCCCCGUGAAUGGAAUUUUUUUUAUCGUAUUCUAAUUAAAAGUUUGAUUUGUUUCAACAAAUAAUGGAUAAAAAAUAAUAGAAAUUGAUUGAGUGGUGGUGUCUAUAGAGAUUUUUUUAUUUCUCUCCCAGCAAGGUCUUCUUAUGCGUGGUGAAUGAAAUAAUUGUGUGUGGAAUUCUUCGGGGAAGAUCAUCACACAUGCGGUCCAAUUCAUAAUGGCGCGUCUGAGAUCGCAUUCCUUUGCUAUACAUACUCUCCCUCCCCCUCGAUAUUGAACCACUCAUGUCGCCAAGAGACACGAUUUUAAUUAAAAUAUUUCAAUAUGGGAGACGCCUUUCCCGCACUCUGGAGACAAUAUUCAAUAUUAUGCGAGAGGAAUACCUAUCUCUAUACCCCCUUAUUUAGAAUUCAUUUUUUCAGUUGCCCAAGAUGUGUGUGCUGGAGUAGCACGCGAGAGUGAUCCCACAAGUGUAUACGUCUAACGUAGAUGAGAAGAGCUCAUGACAUUGUCCACAGAGUCAUAUAUGUACAUUUCGUGGUGCGAUUGGAUAGAGAUAUAUUGUGUAACGCCACUCUUUCUGAUAGCGCGAGACUCUCGAUAAAAAUUUUCGUCCCGUGUAUUUUCCAUCGUCACUCUUCUUAUUUAUUGUGUGCCUUUUCCUCCACUUUUGUGAGUCGCGCCACCCAAUUGAUAAAAAGUAUUCGCAUUUUGUAAUUUAACUCGAGUGUCUCUCUGCUCGUGAUCCGCACAGGAGGUGAUUUUUUUUUCGCACAAGAAAUCCGCGCGUGAGAAGGCCCCGAAGGGAACUUUUGAAGAAGUGAAUUGGCUGAAAGUUUAGGAGUUUGCCAAAAAUAUUGGAUAUCAGUGUUGCAUAAUUUGACCGAUUUUCUGGAAAAUAUACAAAACUCUCCAUAAACCCAUUCGUCACCCUCGUUACAAUCACACGCCAAAAAUCUGCUCUACAUUCCCAACAACACUGUGAUUAUCAUCUUUUCUCUUUUUUGUGUGUAUCUCCUUCACUUCAACACUGACUGAGCUGUGUUGUAUGUUGGGCUUUUAAUUCCCCGUGAGUUGUGCUAAUUUGUGCUCUCUUUCAAUUAAUUUUAAUCACAAUAAUAUUCUAAAUAGUGCUGUGAGUAUCUCAUCAUAUUUUUACGAACUGAUUCCUCUCUCUCACUUGGAUAUGCAGUGAGUGGCACAAACAGUCUGUAUAUUAUUUAGUAUUUACAGAGAAAAUUAUAAAGUUGUGUUGCUCUGCAAGAAGACAAAAAGUCAAUCCAUCGUGAUAUUACAAAUCAAGUUACAUUUUAUUCAAUUCAAAGUGACGCAACCCAUUCAAUUGUGACCAAUUUGGAAUUAAAUUACGUGCGUUCGGGGAAUUUAUAUCGCAGGUGAAGAAAUUCUUCUCUUGAUUCACCACAUAGCACCGAAUAAGUCCGGUUAAAAUGUUCGGUAAUCAGUCUGUACAAUGUGAUACGGGCCCCAAGUGCCGCAAGAUACCAAAUGGAAUACAUCGGGAGGCUGAGAAGUCAUGGAGGAGCCCCAGUGAGAUGAAUGGCCACGCAAAGGUGUUGACAAAUGGCCAGGUACCCCAUGACUUUACCGGCACAUCGCCGAAGCAGCCAGUGCAUGAUUCAACCAGUGCUAAGGAGUCCUAUGAGGAUGUACCACUGCAUGUGGCCUGCCUGACCUACCUCGGAUUCUACCUCCUCAUGGUGCUGGGCUACUUCAACCAGCUCUUCUUCACACCAAAUGUAGCCACGGAGAAGAAUCGCGACGGCUACCCAUCGCUCUAUGACAAUUUUGAGCGCUUCUACUUCAGAUACGUCUACAGGCGCGUCCGGGAUUGCUGGAAUCGUCCCAUUUGCAGUGUCCCCGGUGCUGAGGUGGUCCUCAAGGAUCGCAUCACCAAAGACUACGGAUGGACAUUUGAGUUCACCGGAACAGAGACCAAAUGCCUGAAUCUCGGGUCCUACAACUACCUGGGUUUUGCACAGGAAGUAGGUCCAUGUGCCGAAGAAGUGGAGUCAACAAUCAAAGAGUACGGCCUUGCCUCGUGUAGUCCACGCCUUGAGCUGGGUAAUACCCCGCUGCAGAAUGAAUUGGAAGCCCUCACGGCGGAAUUCCUCAAUGUGGACGAUGCCAUUGUGUUCGGUAUGGGUUUCGCAACGAACUCCCUGAAUCUCCCGACGCUCCUCUCCCCGGGAUGCCUGUGCGUGAGUGAUGAGAAGAAUCACGCCUCCAUCAUUCUUGGCCUUAGGCUGUCGGGUGCGAAAACUGUGGUGUUCAAGCACAACAACAUGCGAGACCUGGAGCGUGUACUUGAGACGAACAUCAUUAACGGGCAACCCGGCUCGGGGGCGCCGUGGAAGAAGAUUCUAAUUGUUGUUGAGGGGAUCUACAGUAUGGAGGGGUCAAUUGUGAAGCUGCCGGAAAUUAUUGCGUUGAAGAAGAAGUACAAAGCCUAUUUGUAUUUGGACGAGGCGCACAGCAUUGGGGCGUCGGGGCCACACGGGCGCGGGAUUGUGGAUUACUUUGGCAUCAACCCAAGGGAAGUUGACAUCCUCAUGGGGACAUUUACCAAGAGUUUUGGCUCUGCUGGAGGGUACAUUGCUGGGGAUAAAAGACUCAUCAACUUCUUAAGGUGCAACAGUCAUGCACAUUGCUAUGCAAGCUCCAUGGCACCACCAGUUACGCAGCAAAUCCUCACCUCAAUGAAGAUCAUCAUGGGGAAAGAUGGUUCGAAUGAGGGUGCAAAGAGGAUAGAUCAAUUGGCGCGCAAUACGCGAUACUUUAGACGAAGACUCGCCCAAAUGGGUGUCAUUACAUUUGGGCACGAAGACUCCCCCGUUGUCCCCAUGCUCGUGUAUUUGUUCUCCAAGCUCGGUGCUGUCGUCCGCACGUUGACCACAAAGCACAUUGCGGUGGUCGGCGUGGGUUUCCCGGCGACCCCAUUGAUGGAGGGUCGUAUCCGCUUUUGCCUUUCUGCCGCCCACACCAAAGAGCAGCUGGACUAUGCGUUGGCGCAAAUAAAUGAAAUAAGUGAUACAAUGGGUCUCAAGUAUUCAAGGAAGCCUCGCGAUCCCAAUCCCAUCAUCUACUGAGCUGCAGUGAGUUGUUUUCUUUAUUUUUUUUCGAGAAGAUUUACGUCCUUUUUACACCUACACUGUUAACUCCUUCCUCGCCAUUGAGUCAUUUUUUAAAAUUCUUUCCUAUUUUUUUUUUGAUAAUUUUUUGUUCUCAUUUAUUACCACAUGUCCCAUUUUUUUUAAUUAAAAUAAAUAAAAUAGAAUUUAUGAUAUUUUCGAAAAGUAUUAAUAUUUUUUUUUCUAAUUUUAUCGUGAGAAUUUGGUAAAUUUCUUUUAACUUUUUUUCCUCACACAAAAAAUUGUGUUCUCCUCCCGAAAUGGGAGUAAAAAAAGGGAAAAAAUAGUUUAUAGCAAGAAAAAAACGUUGAGAAUUUGCAAAGAAAUGCUUUGAAGAAAAUAAAAUUAAAUCAUAAAUUCUCUUAAAAAAUUGAAAAAGGAAAAAUCAUAGAAUUAAGGUAAAAAAGAAGUUAGAAAAACAAACAAACCUGGGGCCUUCUGACUAUAUUUUCUCUGUAAAUUAUUUUAUCCAAAAUAAUUCGUGCUUUGUCAAACUUCUCUUGCAAUGCUAGAAUUAACAAAUUGAAAAACAAAUAAAUAAAAGAAUGAGAGAAUUGUUGAAAUUUUUAGAAAGGUAAGAAAAGAAGUAGAUUUUAAGGAAUAAACAGUAAGAUUUAAUAUUAAAAACAAAUAUUAGCUAAUUUAUAAAAUUGAUAAGGAAAUUGCAAAAAGCCAAGGAAAUUUAUGACUAAUUUUCUACUAAAACUCUUUUCUGUUGUUCCUCAUUUUAGAGAGUCAAUGUUUUAUCUUUAAAUUUUCGUUCAUUCAGCAGCAUUUUUGAGCACACUAAUUGUUUCUGAAAACAGAAAUGAACAAAAUAUACAAAAAACGCCUAUAUUGAAUGCUUUCUUAAUCGGUAUAUGAUUCUAUGAAUUGUAUAUUCGAACAUAAUAUUUAUUAAACCAACACCGAAAAAAGAGGGAGAAGAAAAAUAUUAAAUAAGCACGAGAAGGGAAGGCAGUGAAUGUCAUUCAAAUUGUCCCUUUAACUAUAAAUUAUUAAUGGGCUGGAGACAAUGGAAUGGGAUGCUAAUAGGUCGUCCAACCAUCAGAAUGGUUAAAUGUCAUUUAGUCCAACAAAGAGUUUAAUGAGCAUUUAAACAAAAAUUAUAAAUAUAAAUAUCAGAAAAUUGGAUAUAGAACAAAGAAAAUAUCAUUCCAAUUUAUCCAAAAGAACAUAAUUGUAAUUAAAUAAAAUCAUAGAAAUUGAAAAAAAAGAACUUUUAUGGAAGAAAAAUCACGUUAAAUAGAACAAAAUAAAUGCUGAUUUAGAUUAGAAAGAUGAUCAAAGUUUUGUGCUGAAGGAACUUUAAACAAAAAGCUGCUUCAAGUCAUUAUUUUUAUUUAGAGUUAAUUUUCUGUAUUAAAUCACGUAAUAUUCACAGUAACAGAGGUGUUCAAAAUAUGUGUCGUUUAAGGAAUUAUUUUAACCCAUUUAGGCCAGAUCAAAAGAACCUUUUGAUUUUUUUUUCUAAUAAUUCUAUAGCAACAAUUUUGAAUAUCUCUGUAUUACUUGUAACAUCUUUUUCAGAAUCAAUCCAAUAAGAGCUUAUAAUCUUCUCUUAAGUAUUUACCUACUUGACAUCCUUAUCUAUUAGAAAACAAUGGCGCUUGGGAUCAAGUUUAAGAUGCGUAAGAUAACAAAAAAAAAACAAACUGCUUAACUGAGAAAAUAUCUAGUCUAAAAUAAGAAGAAAACUGUCAGUAAUUUUCAUUUAAGAACUAUCUAUUGUAGAGGAAGGAAAUGGCUUUAAAAAAGUAACUUCCUCUCUUUUAUUUUUAAUGCAUAAAAAACAUUUUCAAAGCAAUUUUCUUUUAUUUAAAUGUAAAAAAAAUCAUUCUUCACUUUACAAUUUUCCAUUUUUCCCCUUUAAGCAAAAAAAAAAGUAAAUUCUUUCAUAGAACAUUGACAAACAAUUUCUCAAAGAUAAAUCUAACUUUUAAGUAUAUAUAGAUAUUGUAAAAAAAAAAUUAAAACAAAUUCACAUUAAUUCAGCGAAAGCUUUAAAUUUGUAGGAAAAAAAAGUGGAAAUAUUAACGAAAAUUUUGAAAUUGUGGAAAAAUAAACAGAAAUGUGUUAGUUUAGGGAGAAUAAAAAAAAAAGUUCUAUAGAGAGAAAAUGAAAAUGAUUAGAUAUAUUUUAAAACUCUGUAAGCAUUUAAUUGUUAAAUUGUAAAUUUUAAGGAAUCAAAUUCACGCAACACAUAUUUUGAGGAAUAAAUUGCCAUUUAAAUAAAAUAUGAA